UGUUCGUCAUUUCAACCAAUCACAGCGCGACCUCAAGCACCUCCAAUAUGGCGACGUCCAUCCAGAACCGCUGUAGGCACAUCCUGUGUUGAAAAGAAACCCCUCAAUAACUUAUCGAAACAAAGUAAGACACAUGCGGCAAUACAACUAAUAAUAUCGUUUUCGCCGUUGGAUAUCUGCACAUGUCGGUUGACGGCGUGGUGUUCGCUUUCAUGGCUGUUUGUGAAUGAAAUUGGGCGUCCUCUCGCCAUGGCCACCGACAACAGGAUUCAUUUCUGGAAGAGAAACCCAAAGGUUCCCGGAAGCUUACAGCCAGUAUAUGGAGCACAGCACCCUCCUCUGGACCCACGCAGACACCGUCUAUUAAAAGAUACUCCAAAGGCCAGCAGUUUGAACUCCAAAUCCAAAAAACCUUCCACUUUCCACGAAUUUGCUCGGAGCACCAAUGAUGCAUGGGACAUUGACGAUGAAGAGGAUGAUGGUAUGUUUAGUCUCAAACAGCCCUCAUCUUCACCUGUCCAAUCACGAUCCAUGCCUCAAACGCCAUGCGUCAAAUUCAUCAAAGCCCCAGAGGAGACAGAGUCACUGCCCCGCCCACGGGACAGGCAGGAAUUUAUCAGCACAAACCCUGUUCAAGAUCGACUGGAUGACGAAAGCGGUCCAGCCAAUGGCAGGGUGGUAAAGUCUUGUAGUGACGCCCAGCUGAAUGUUAAUGCAGCUCGCAAUACCCUGCAGAAACAGCAGUCACUUCCUGUACGGCCCGUCAUUCCAUUGGUUGCCCGCAUUUCAGACCAAAAUGCCUCAGGAGCUCCGCCUAUGACAGUGAGAGAGAAGACUCGAUUGGAUAAAUUCAAGCAGCUACUUGCAAGUCCCAACACAGACCUGGAGGAGUUACGGAAGCAUAGCUGGUCAGGAAUCCCUCGUGAAGUUCGGCCAGUCACCUGGAGACUCUUAUCGGGCUAUCUUCCAGCCAAUAGGGAACGAAGGGAUCUAGUUCUCCAGAGGAAGAGGGAGGAGUAUUUUGGCUUCAUCGAGCAGUAUUACCACUCCAGAACAGAUGAGAAUCACAGAGACACAUACAGACAGAUUCACAUCGAUAUCCCGAGGACGAACCCUUUGAUUCCUUUGUUCCAGCAACCACUGGUGCAGGAGGUGUUUGAGCGGAUUCUGUUCAUCUGGGCCAUCCGUCACCCCGCUAGUGGAUACGUGCAGGGCAUUAAUGACCUGGUCACUCCCUUUUUUGUGGUCUUCCUCUCUGAAUUUGUGGAGGAAGAUGUGGAAAAUUUCGAAAUGGCAAGCUUGCCCCAGGAUACACAACGAAACAUUGAAGCCGACAGCUUUUGGUGCAUGAGCAAAUUGCUGGAUGGGAUACAGGACAACUACACAUUUGCCCAGCCUGGGAUUCAGAUUAAAGUCAAGGCGCUGGAAGAGCUUGUUAGCAGAAUAGAUGAGGAUGUCCACGUGCACUUUCAGAAGUGUGAGGUGGAGUAUCUGCAGUUUGCUUUCCGCUGGAUGAAUAAUCUACUGAUGCGGGAGCUGCCGCUGCGCUGUACCAUUCGCCUGUGGGACACCUACCAGGUGGGUUUUAUUGGAUAAAGGGGAAUAGUUAUCAGGUGACAAGUGCAAUCCGAGAGAGGAUAUGGUGAGUUGCUAACCAUUAUGCAUGCUUGCAUGUCAUUUGCUUCUGUUCGUUUUGAAUCGGUGAUGUUGCCAAACAUUAUUGAUGGGCAUUUUGGAUCAUCAGCCCCUUAAAGGCAACAUAUAGAACACCUUUAACACAUUUUGACACAAUUUUUCUUAUACAUAGUUGUAAAAUUUUAUGGGAAAAUAUACUGAAUGUACCUACUGAAUGUUAGAAGCCCAGUUUCCUCUGGUUAUUUUGCAUCUGUUUUUCUUUCUCAGUUCCAGCUUUUUUUUUUUUGUCUUUAUUUUCUCCGGUGUUUUUCACAGCAGGGUCAGGGUCGGGGCGAGCAAGAAAGGUAGCAUUCACCCCCCUCGCUGAGGUAGAGGCGGGAAGUGUGUCAGUGAGGCCAGCCAAACACACAGAGAAAUACUGAGCCAUGAUGUAUAUGUUUUCAAGGUUAAACCACGCUUAAACUCUCCAUAAUCUGCCCUGCCACCUUCACACAUCAAUGCAUGCAAAGUUAAUAAUAAAUCAAAGAGAGACAUGCAGAUCAAUUGUUUAAUAAAAAAUUUGAUGUUUUACCUCAGAACAAAUCCUUAGAAAGUGUCUAAAUCUUGCACAUUCACAAUGCAUUUAACUUGAGUAAUGUGAUAUAUGCCAGUAUACAAAAUGUAACGUAAUGUUCAGUGGGAA